GAUAAGAGUCAACAGUUCCUGCAACAGGUCCUCUCCAAGGUCGUACAAUGUUGUGGAUUCUUUGGCCCUGACCUCUUGUCGAAUCUCAGUCCGCAAGAUAUCUUCUGGCAGUCGAUUUCCCUAGCGCCCAGAUUCAUUAUCGCUUUGGGUGCACGCGUGAGGGCAGAUUUGGAGGAGACCCAAGACAGCCUGGCUUCUCUUCCUCCCGGUCAGGACCCCGCUACCCUGCUCACUCCCUUACGCACAGCCGCUCAACUUCUGACGACUUCCCUCUCCGCUACCGUAAAUCACCGUGCAAAAUUUCUGCCUACUCUUCGAUCCUCCCUCGCCUCAUCUUCCCAUGGUUACGCCGAUCUGGAUCAUGAAUUGCCCUGUUGGAUAACGGAUGCUGCUCCAUUUGGCGUCGGAGACACACUACUAAAUCUGGUAAGCUGGGGUGAGGUGUCAGAUGAUUCUUACUCUCUAAGUUUCAGUCAGACUAUUCACUUUUAA